AUGGCGGCCCGCAUCUCUGACACGAUCAAAAAAGACCACUAUGACCUGGACACGUACUACAAAACCAUUAUCAACACCAAUGAUCCCGAUGAGCAACAGAGAUUCCAGAACAAGUUUGUCUGGGAACUUGCCCGGCAUGCAGUUGGGGAGGAGCUGGUCGUAUACCCUGCGAUGGAAAAGUAUCUGAGAGACGGCUUAGAAAUGGCCGACAAGGACCGCCACGACCAUCAGAUUGUCAAAGAGCAACUCAAGCGAUUCCAGGACAUGCACCUCACCAACUCCCAGUUCAUCCCCACGAUCAAGGCCCUGAUGAAGGACUUGAGAAAGCACAUCGAAGACGAGGAGCAAAUCGACCUGGUCAAGCUGGAGAGCGCCAUCACGCCCGAAGAAAGCCAGCGGCUGUCCAAGUCGUUCAGCCGGACCAAAAUGUUCGUGCCCACCCGUGCUCAUCCCAGCGCCCCCAACAAGCCCCCUUACCAGACGGCGUAUGGGUUGAUGACUGCGCCCGUCGACCAGUUGAUGGAUAUGUUUCGGGCAUGGCCAGAGGAUGUGGUGAAUCCUAACCCAUCAAUGGAGUAG